UUCUUUAUUGCUAUAGACCAAAAGGAUGCAUUGACUGAAUUCCUACGAUUAACUUUUCCUUGACUCGGACAGUAGUCUAAACAUAAGUCUUCCCCGUAGGGGUGAAAUUCACAAACAGGCCUUUUUGCUGCAGGUUCUUUUAAACAUGGCUGCCACCCUGAAGGUCCCCACUUUCCCCCCAAAGCAGGGUGUUGGGGGGUAUCCCUUUUCUCCCCAUGUGAGAAGCUGCACUUUCUCACCUUCGCCUCUUCCGGCCCCGAACGGCUCAUCUUGACCCCGCCAUCUCCCCUUCUUCUCCCUUUUGCCCCUCCAGGUGUGUCACCACGCCAGAUGUGAGCAGCUGAAUCGCCACAGCCCCCUGCACUUGUGCGAGGCGUGCGACAGGCAGUUCCACGGGGCAAUGCACUUUGACAGGCACAUCCGCUUCGACCUGCCGCCUCCAGGGUCUAUCCUGGCGCGGAACGUCUCCACCCGGUCCUGCCCGCCACGCACUAGCCCUGCCUCCGAUGUGGAAGAGGAAGACGAACAGCUGAUUGAUGGGAAAGGGGAAAAAAGGAAUUUAGCCCGAAAGCAGCCCAAGAAAGGAACAAGGAGACAUACGGAUGAUCCUAGCAAGGAAUAUUUCACUCUGAAGUUCGAUUUGAAUGUGGACAUCGAAACGGAGAUUGCCCCAGCCAUGAAGAAGAAAUCUUUAGGCGAGGUCCUGCUCCCGGUCUUCGAGCGGAAAGGCAUCGAUCUCUCCAGGGUGGAUAUUUACCUGGACCAGUCCAACACCCCGCUCUCGCUCAACUUCGAAGCAUAUCGGUUUGGAGGACAUUACCUGCGGGUGAAAGCCAAACCGGGGAACGAUCUCAAGGUCGAAGAGGCGGUGAAGGACAGCAAAUCCUUCAGUCUGCCCAUUCUGCGCCCGGUGGGCCUCAGCCCCUCCUUCCUCGCCACCCCUUCUCUGGAUCGGCUGGAGCAGCUCUCGCUUCGCCGGGAAAGUGCUGACGUCUUGGCGCCUGGAAGGCAAAGGAAGAAUAUGAACGAAUUCCUUGGUGAUUCCAGCAUCCCCAGCCAGGACCUGCUGCAGCCUCCCACCCCCUCCCUGACCCCCAACGGCCCGGACACCCGGAAGAACCGAGCGGCCAGCCGUUUUAGCGGCUUCUUCGGAUCGGGCAACAGCACUAGCCCUUUUGCGAGGGAGCUGGACAAGAUGGAGCAGCUGGAGAGCAAGCUGCAGUCCUACGCGCUCUUCGGCCUGCCCCGGUUCCCCGACCAGCUGCGCUUCGACCAGGAUUCCUGGGAAGACGGCGAGGAGGAGGACGAGGCGGCCCUGAGGCUGGAGGACAGCUGGCAGCAGAUCAUCGAGGGGACGGAGGCUUUGACGCGACGCCAGUGCCACCAGCAGGAAGCCAUUUGGGAACUGCUGCACACCGAAGCGUCUUACAUCAAGAAACUGAAAGUCAUCACCGAUCUGUUCCUGUGCUGCCUUUUAAAUUUGCAGGAUUUGGGCCUCUUGUGCGAGGUGGAAGCCGAGCGCCUUUUCAGCAACGUCCAGGAGAUUGUCCGGCUCCAUCGCAUGCUGUGGAGGACCGUCAUGGUCCCCGUGCUGGAGAAGGCCCGGACGAGCCGAUCCUUGCUGGACCCCACCGACUUCUUCAAGGUCUUCAAGAUGUUUGGCUCCCUCUUCAAGCCUUAUGUCCGGUACUGCAUGGAGGAAGAGGGUUGCAUGGAAUACAUGCGGAAUUUGCUGCGUGAGACCAAGCUCUCCCGCCUUGAUGUGACGUGGGCUGAAAAGCACAAGCAGUGCAACCGUCUGAAACUGAGCGACAUGCUCGUGAAGCCGCACCAGCGCCUGACCAAGUACCCGCUGCUCCUGAAGUCCGUGUUGAAGAAGACCGAGGAGCCGCCUGCCCGCGAGGCCAUCGUCACCAUGAUCAACUCCGUGGAGCAUUUUAUCAACCAUGUCAACUCGUGUAUGCGGCAGCACCAGGAACAGCAGCGCCUGGCCACCACCGUUAACCGCAUCGACGCGUAUGAGGUGGUGGAGGGGAGCACCGAUGAAGUGGACAAGAUCCUGAAGGAGUAUCUGCGGCUGGACCUGACGGCCCCGAUCCCCGGGACCUCCAGAGAGGAGACGCGGCAGCUGCUGCUGGAGGGCGGCCUCAAGAUGAAGGAAGGGAGAGACAGCAAGAUGGACGUCUACUGCUUCCUCUUCACGGACCUCUUCCUCAUCACCAAGCCAGCCAAGAAGGCCGAACGCACGCGGGUCAUCCGCCAGCCGCUCUUGAUCGACAAGGUGGUGUGUCGGGCGCUCAGGGACCCAGGGUCUUUCCUGCUGAUCUACCUGAACGAGUUUCGCAGCGCGGUCUGUGCCUACACCUUUCAGACCAGUGGGCAGUCGCUGUGCCGCAGCUGGGUUGAAGCUGUCUGUAAUGCCCAGAAUAAGUUGGAGCAGCUGCGUGUUCAGCAGCUCCAGCAGAGCCAGCAGCUUUCCCACGUGGAGGAAGGGAAGGCGGAAGAGGAGGAGGAGGAAGAGGAGGAGGACGAAGGCAACCAGGGCUCCUCGGGAGCCAGCUCUCCUCCUACCCUCCGCAAGAGCACCAGCAGCCUGGACUCCCAGCAACGCCUCUCCGACAGCUCCACCGAGACCAUCUCCGUGAUGGUGGCUGAGGCCAGCGAGGGGCUCCCUUCUCCUUCCUUUGAAGGGGGCCAGUUCAGCUUGCCAGCGGACGAGUCGUCCAUCGACCCCCUCCCCAAUUCCACCAUGCCGACCUUGGAGACAGGGGACCUGCUCCCAGACGCCCCUGGCCACUUCCUGAAACCGGAGCCCUCCUGCCGCUGUUCCUCCAUCGACAGCGCCUACGGGACCCUCUCGCUUGCCUCCUUCCAAGAAUUGGCCGAGCCCCAUCAGCUGCAGGGGGGCAUGGCAGCUGCUGAGGAGGAGGAAGAGGAGGACAUCGCCAAGCCCUUGCAACAGGGCGGUUCCCCCAGGCUGCGUCAACAGACCCCCGUCCAGCUCCUGCCAUGCAAGACCAAGGUGCUGAAAUCCAAAUCGGAAGCCAACCUCUCGCAGUUGCUCUCGGCCUCGCUGCAGCUCAGCCAGAGCAGAAGUCUCUCCGAACUUUUCCCCCCGGUCUUGCUGUCCGGCUGCCCCCCAAUGCAGGAACCCCAAAGCGGAGCCUUCAGAGGUGCCCUUAGCAGCAGCAGCAACCAUAGUAGCACUUCUGAACUCUCCGAAGCAGAGGAGACGUCCUUGUUGGGGGUCUGCGUCUCUCCGGGGGUGGGGGCCGCCGCCUUGAGAGGGCCGCCAUCUCCCUGCUGGCUGGCGGACGCGCGCCGGGGAGAAGAGCUAUCGGGCCAGCAGGCAUUUUCGGACCCCCCGGCGAUUCAGCACCGCAAGUUGACGUUGGGCCAGCUGUACCGCCUCCACACCACGUUGCUCCUCAACUCCACGCUCACAGCCUCGGAGGUAUGAGAAGUGUCGGGAGAAGAGAACCAACGGCGAGGGAGACCUGCUUCCAGGAGGUCCGGUUCUGUAGUCCCACCCACCAUGGGCAUCGGGACCACUUGGCCGCCCCAAGGGGGUGGGCACAAGGACAGGGCACAGCAUCCAACUGGGUGCCACAAGUUCUGUGUAUGUGUGUCGACCAGAUCGAUGUGUUUUCGGCAGCUGUGCACACUUGGGUCUGAGGACAUGAGAGACGAGGGGAGAGCGGGAAUGGAGGGAGGGGGGCUUGGCCCCAGCAACAGUGGCUCAAGGACUUCGGCCCUAGUUUUUUGCCUUUUGCACUGUAAGGUUCCUCCUUGUUAGUCCUCCCUACCGCAGGCAAGGGAGAGAGAAGGACGCUUGGGGUGGGUCUCUCGCACAAUACCCAAACGACCAGCCCUGAGCCAUACAACGGCCUGUCGCUUUUCUCCCUUGGCUUGUCUCAUGUGGCUCCCUAAUUACCCCAAAACGUCUCAUGGCAGGAAUUGAGCCUCAUCGCUCCCUCCCGGAUCUGUGCCCCAUCGGCCAGCUUGUCAUGCCCCCAACAACAGUCCCGGCCCCCAGAAAAGC